UGAGAGGAUGCCCUCGAUUUUCUGCCAAGGAACGAGGGUUCAGCUCCCACACACUUACCGCGAGCAUGGUGGAUUGCUCAUUCGCGAGUCGCCCUUAUGUGGGUUUGCCUCAAAACACCGCCGACGACCGAGAACGAGCGCGGGAGCUUUACAAGUACUUUCGCCCACCAGUGGCUGCGGAACCAAUAGACACUGUCCUUACAGCGCACGCGCAACUUACAGCAUGGAGAUUGAACGCAGAGCGCGCAAUGAUCUCGCUGAUUGACGAGGAGACCCAAUAUUUUGUCGCUGAGAGUACCAAGACAGUCCAUCUGGACGAUGCUGCACAGUAUGACAACCCUGAGGACGCAAUUUGGGCUGGAUGCGUCAGAGUCCCUAAGGCAGGCAGACUUUGUGAACACACAAUCUCAACACUACCGCCGCCAGAGGGUGGACCGGCCUUGUUUGAGGUGCUUGACCUGAGUAAAGAUGAACGUUUCGACCAACUCAGCUUCAUAGCAGGACCACCGCAUUUCCGAUACUAUGCCGGUGUGCCCUUGCGUACAAGCUGCGGCAUCAACAUUGGGUCUCUCUACGUUCUUGAUUCCAAAGUAAGACCAGCACUCACGCGCAACGAGAAAGGCUUCCUCGGUGUCAUGGCAGACAACGUGAUGCAGCACCUCGAGAUGACCAGGGACAAGAAAGAUCGCCGACGUACUUUCAGGAUGAACGAGUGCUUGUCAGCAUAUGUUGAUCCAACACCAGAGAAUGCGAAGAACAGGCGGCGCUAUAGUCAUCAUAGCGAGAGCGAAUCGAUUGACCCCGAUUCGGAUGCCGAUUCUCGGCGCACUGCUGAUGGCUCUGAGCGUAUUGAAGUGAUUACACGAGCUGCAGAGUUGCUACGAGAAGCAGUGGACAUUGAAGAAGGCGGAGGUGGUGUGCUUUUCCUCGACACAUCGUUAGCGGCUGUGCCGUCACAACACCCUUUCCUCGGAGAUGACCACACAAACGAAAAUACGACCGCUGAAGGCUCAAGACGAAAAGAUCUACGGCAACCUAAUCAGCCGCUAGACGGCUCUGACUCUCCAACUACAACUAAACCGAGUACCCGAUCUUCAAGUCCAGAGAUACGGAGGAAGCGUAACGGUAGUACCGAGGUUCUCGCUCACACCUAUCGCUCCGUCAGCAAAUCACCGGAUCAGCCAGAGUUCACGUCUUUCACUCCCGAGGAGCUUUUGAAGAUCAUCAAGCGGUAUCCACGAGGGAAGAUGUUCACAUUCGACCAUGAAGGGCAAGAGUUGUCUGAUGCUUCAGACAACGGAAGUGUACUUUCUGGACGACCGAACUCCAGGCGACGUCGAGAGCGGGCUUCCGCGGACUUUGCGAACCUACAUGCCUGUUUCCCGAAAGCCCGUCAGAUUAUGUUCAUACCUUUAUGGGAUUCAACCACGAGUCGUUCAGCCGCUUGCUUUGUGUACAACUGCUCGGAAUACCGUAAUUUCUCGCACAAUUUGGAGUUUCUGCAUUGUAUUACAUUUAACAACUGUGUCGACACGGAGCUCCUUAGACUCGCGAACUCCAAGGCAAACGAACAGAAGAGCGAUUUCAUCGGCUCAAUUUCUCACGAACUUCGAUCGCCACUUCACGGAAUCUUGGCUUCGUGCGAGUUCCUGCAGGAUACUACCUGUACUUCGUUUCAACAGUCAUUGGUCAAUACUGCCGAAAGUUGUGCGAGGACGCUACUUGACACAGUCAACAUGGUGCUAGAUUACAGCAAGAUCAACGCUUUUGAGAAGAGCAAACCUGGCAGUGCCAUGCCGGCUCUAGCAGAUGAAAUACGAUCGGAACCUUCCGACGCCCUCCAAACGAAUUUGAGCGCGCAUCGCAACAUCGACCUUGCUGUACUGAUCGAGGAGGUUGUCGAGGGCGUAGCAGUAGGACACGCAUUCAGCGAUCUCCAAAAUCGAGCAUUGCGUCACGAGACUGGAGAUAUUAGGUCUCGUAUCAGUACAUCAAGCGAUCUGACAAAACUUUCUCCCUGCAAGCCGGACGUGGAGCUUAUUGUUGAAAUCUCGGAACAGAACUGGACGUACUGGUGCGAACCUGGAUCCUUGAGACGUAUUGUGAUGAAUCUGGUCGGCAACUCACUCAAGUACACCAAAGCUGGUUUCGUACACGUUAAGCUCGAGACGCAGACCUCCGAAGCGGAUGCUAAUGAGUACUGUGUUUUGGCAGUCAUAGACUCUGGUCAGGGCAUAUCUCCUGCGUACCUCAGGGAUAAGCUCUUCACGCCCUUCGCUCAAGAGUCGAACCAAGCGCCUGGUAUUGGGCUCGGGCUGUCACUUGUCAAGUCGAUCGUUGGCAAGCUCGGCGGCCACAUCGAUAUUGAGUCCACAGUUGGGGUUGGUACCAAAGCCACCGUCAGCAUCCCUUUGGUUAGGAACCCAGCAUCCGGUUCCAGAAUCGGUUCCGCUGUGAACUCGAACUCACCUGAGGUCAGUAACAGCUCCGCUGAUGAAAACAGCAGCAUGCGACAGAUCAUGACUCAGGCGAGCGGCAAAUCAGUUGCUGUCUACUGGCAUGAAGGAGGGGAGGGAACAAGUAUUCAACAAGAAGCGUCUCGACUGAUGCGUGAGAGCUUAACAGCAUACCUCAGUGCAUGGUGUGGGGUUUCAGUCAGCCAAUGGCACAAAGACAGCCCGGUCGACAUCAUUGUUGUUGAGGAAGCAGGUCUCGAUUCUCUGUUGCGCGAGUCUCCCCAGCUCUCUGCUCCUGACUGCCAAACCAUGAUCAUGGUGCUUCGUAGCACAGGCUCAGUGCAAAAUCGGAAGGCAGACGUAAUCAGCCACAACAUCGAGGACAUUCGCCGUCCCUUUGGACCACAUAAGCUCGCGCGAGCUCUGCAAGCUUGCCUGGACCGCUCCCACUCGGAAGAUACAGACCUUGCAAACAACGAUAUUACGGAAGACUUAGGGAAAUCACCGAUUGACAGCAUCACAGCCGCAGCCGGAGAUCUCAGUAUUUCUGGUGUUGUACCAGCGUCUUUCCAGGCUCCCAUUGUCAUACAGGACAGUCUCGAUCUUUAUCAAGACCAAUCCAAAUCCAACUCCAAUCUCCUUCCCUCCGAUCCCGGAAGCACCACCACUCGUUCAGUUUCCUUGUCAGCGAAACUCACAGACUCCGAUGAGAACCAGAUUACCCCAACGCCCACCAAAGCGCCCUCAGUUAUCAACUCAGCAGCAAAGCUUACUCCAGUCUUAAAUCCAGACCCCUCAAAUCCGAGCCACCGCGUUCUCCUCGUCGACGACAACGCAAUUAACCUCCGCCUCCUCCAAGUCGGCAUGAAGAAGCGCGGCUACACAUCCAUUUCCAGCGCCUCCGAUGGUCUUCAAGCCGUAAACACAUACCGCACGCUCCUCUACUCCCCUCCAUCCUCUCCGCCAGACAUCAUCUUGAUGGAUCUCUCGAUGCCCAUCAUGAAUGGUUUCGAAGCUACACGGCAGAUCCGCGAGAUCGAAGCGGAAUACAAUGCGAGGUUGCAGGAAGGGGGAUUGGCACAUCACAGUUUGAUUAUUGCGCUUACGGGACUGGCAAGCGUGACCGAUCAGAAGAAAGCGUAUACGGCUGGGGUGGAUUCGUACAUUAUGAAACCGGUCAGCCUUGCUAAGUUGACGAAAUUGUUGGAAGAUUGGUCCGUGGAUGGGAGAGCGAGUGUAGAAGUGGUGGUGCCGGACACUGCUGUGGUCGCAAGGUGAUUUUUGGAUGCAGAGGCUUUUGAGGAUUGGAAUUGGAAUUGGGUUAUGAAGGAAGGCGUUGUGGCUAGCCGGCAGACUGCAUGCGCAGACGACUUCGUUGGUUUACUUUAUGGCAUAGUAUGGCGUUUGGAAGUGCUCUCCAGGUUAUUAUGGCAUUGUUACGAUAUUUAGAUAGUCUAACGAGAUCACGUUCUUUGG